AUAUCUAGAGAGAAUGCUGUGAUUGAUAUACACAACUCACUCUGCACUACAUGUUUCUAGCUUUUUCUUCAAAUCCCAGCAACAAAUUCGAUUCUUUUUUGCGCGUUUCCCACCCAAAUUCCGUUUCAAUUUCUCAAUCUUUAAGGAUCAGAAACCCUAAUCAAUCUGGAAUGUCUGCCCCCUUUUGAAUCCCAAAACAUUGAAUCCUUUAUCUCUUCCAAUUGGGCCUUUAAUUGCGUGAUUCAUCGAUUCCCUUUUCCUUUUCGGUUUCUGGGAUUAGUGAUAUCAAGCUUAAUUAGCGCUGUCUAGCUUUAGGAUUGUGGAUUUCUACCGACAAUUUUUUCCUGUUGUCGCCCUCAAUUUCCAGCAAUUGAAUCUCAGCUUUGGGUUUCUGGAGCUUCGAUUUCUGUGAGUGUGGAGCAAGGUUGAUUUUUCCGUGAUUGUGGUGGCUGAUUUGGGAAAUUUGUGCAUAAUUUAGCGGGGCGAGAAGAGAAUCAGAAAUGGAGAAAUACGAGCUUGUGAAGGAUUUAGGGUCUGGAAAUUUUGGUGUGGCGAGGCUUAUGAGAAACAAGGAGACGAAAGAGCUCGUGGCGAUGAAAUACAUUGAAAGGGGACAUAAGAUUGAUGAGAAUGUGGCGCGUGAGAUUAUAAAUCAUAGAUCACUUCGGCACCCUAACAUCAUCAGGUUUAAGGAGGUGGUUUUGACUCCCACUCAUCUGGCCAUUCUCAUGGAGUAUGCUGCGGGUGGAGAGCUCUUUGAGAGAAUCUGCAAUGCUGGUCGGUUCAGUGAAGACGAGGCCAGGUACUUCUUUCAGCAGCUCAUCUCUGGAGUUAACUACUGUCAUGCCAUGCAAAUUUGCCAUCGGGAUUUGAAGUUGGAGAACACCCUCCUUGAUGGAAGCCCUGCUCCAAGGCUAAAAAUCUGUGAUUUUGGUUACUCAAAGUCAUCUCUGCUUCAUUCAAGGCCCAAAUCAACUGUUGGAACUCCUGCCUACAUAGCUCCAGAAGUUCUAUCUAGAAGAGAAUAUGAUGGGAAGUUGGCUGAUGUGUGGUCAUGUGGUGUGACACUUUAUGUUAUGCUGGUUGGAGCAUACCCAUUUGAAGACCAAGAAGAUCCGAAGAACUUCAGGAAAACCAUUCAAAGGAUAAUGGCUGUUCAGUACAAGAUCCCUGACUACGUCCAUGUAUCUCAAGACUGUAGGCAUCUCCUGUCUCGUAUUUUUGUUGCCAACUCAUCUAGGAGAAUCACAAUCAAAGAUAUCAAGUCACACCCGUGGUUCCUGAAGAAUCUGCCGAGGGAAUUAACAGAUGCUGCACAAACAGUGUAUUACCGCAAAGAGAACCCUACCUACUCUCCUCAGUCUGUGGAGGACAUUAUGAAGAUUGUGGAAGAGGCUAAAACCCCUCCUCCAGCAUCCCGUUCGAUUGGAGGCUUUGGCUGGGGAGGAGGUGACGAGGAUGAGGAGAAGGUGGAAGAUUUGGACGAGGAAGUAGAAGAGGAGGACGAAGAUGAAUAUGAUAAACAAGUUAAGGCAGCUCAUGCAAGCGGAGAAGUGCGUCUCACUUAGACAAGCAGUAUAUUUAGUCGAGGCUUCUUUCGUGGUUGUAAAUGCUUCAGCUGCCUGAGAUGUUGGUACUCAAUAAGUCUGUAUAUGUUUAGUAUUUGUGCACUUUGGGGAGUUAUAUGCGUUUUAUCAUUACUGUGGGUAUUGUAGAUUGAAGGGAGACAGUCAGUGUGUGUUUCAGUUUGUUUCAGUUUGCACAAAACAUUCUGCAUUUUGGUUUGGCUAUUUUAUUGAUGGUAACUUCUGUA